AUGAUAUAUACGUCUGGCAAUAUAGAUCUAAUUUUGAGAGCCUUCGCGAAAACAGCCGCGGUGAUUGAAAAGACCGUACAGGACGUCACCGGACCCAAAGCCCUCCAGGACUAUGAGCUCCUUGACCAGAUCGGCUCCGCUGGACCAGGCCUCGCUUGGAAGCUAUACUCCGCCAAGGCUCGUGGCGGUUCCACUCUCCUUUCUCACCAGUAUCCUACAGUCUGCGUUUGGGUUCUUGACAAACGCGCUUUAUCGGAGGCUCGGGUACGCGUGGGGCUUUCCAGAGCAGCCGAAGACUCCUUCUUCGAGAUCAUCAGAGCUGAUGCGUCCAGAUUAGUUAGAUUGAGGCACCCAGGAGUGGUUCAUGUGAUCCAAGCCCUAGACGAGAACAAAAAUGCCAUGGCAAUGGUUACUGAGCCUUUAUUUGCUUCUGUAGCCAACGCCCUUGGUAUAUUGGAUAACAUAUCCAAAGUGCCAAAGGAACUUCAAGGGAUGGAAAUGGGUUUGUUGGAGGUAAAGCAUGGUUUACUUCAGGUAGCAGAAUGUUUGGACUUUCUUCACAAUAAUGCCUGCCUCAUUCAUCGUGCCAUAUCCCCUGAGACUGUGCUCAUCAACUCAAGUGGAGCUUGGAAGCUUGGUGGAUUCAGUUUUUCAAUAUCAGCAGACCUUUCAUCUACAGAUCCAUCUACUAUGCAGCCCUUCCAUUAUGCGGAAUAUGAUGUUGAAGAUUCAGUACUGCCUCUUCAACCAUCACUGAACUACACUGCUCCAGAACUAGUCAGGCCUAAGGCACCUUCAUUCGGAUGCUCUUCUGAUAUUUUUAGCUUUGGAUGCCUCGCUUACCAUUUGAUUGCUAAAAAGCCUUUAUUCGACUGCCACAAUAACGUGAAAAUGUACAUGAAUAAUCUGACAUACUUAUCCAGCGAAGCCUUUUCAUCCAUUCCCCACGAACUAGUUACUGACUUGAAAAGAAUGCUUUCAGCAAACGAGGCUCUAAGACCCUCAGCUUUGGAUUUUACAGGCUCCACCAUUUAUGCACACAAGAGUUUUACUAAGGAAGAAGAAGGAGAUACCUUGAUUCAAGAUCUUCAAAUGCGACUUUGGGAGCUCUCAAAUGAAGUGGGGACUGAAAUGAGAGAUGUUGGUUUAACAGUUACCUUGUAUCUCACUUGUUAUGUCUGGCCGACCUAG